AUGAACCUGAACCACAGACGACGGGAUGCUGGAAAUACCAAGUUCCGCAUCGACUACUCCGGCGUCGGAGGCGACUGGAACGCCGCUUUCGACUCUCCGGGCAUUCAGUUAGGUAAUUCUUUGUGCCGCAGGGCCGUAAAGCGAUUCUUCGCCGAGCGCUGGGCUGAUUGGCGAAACAUGUACAAAAAUGCCGAGACGCACAAGAGCGAAGGCGAAAGACAACCUGACGAGGAAGUCGACACUCUCCUCUUCUGGGACACCGUCGAAAAUUGUGAAUUCGAGGGGGAAGACUACGAAUUUGGCUUUGGAGCCUAUGUCAAGGGUAAAUUCAAAGCCAACUUCAUCUGCAGCUUCUCCAUGAUUGCUUCAAUGGACAACGUGUUCAAAGUUGCGCAAGCCAACGGCUGGCUCACUGUAGAUGGAGAGUCUGAUCUGACCCUUUCCAUCGGAGGCGUUGGCGAGACUGACCUUGACAACCCUGACAAGGGCAACCAAGCCUACACCAAAGUCAAGCCCACCAAACUCAAGGGGCUCACACUGAACCCAUCGGGCAACACUUGGAUGACUUUCCAGCGGUACGGGAAAGCUGACUACAUGCUCGCAUCCUUCAACGACACCGAUGGGGGUGCCAGCAGCCACAGCGCGCCCUACUUUGACGGUAAGCUCAGGACCCGCGUAAUGUCGGACUUCGGAGACUUCGACAUAAACUUCCCGCCUAACCCAAAGGAUAAUCUAGACACCAAGAACCCCGAGCGUGACGACAACAAGGUUUCCAUGGACAACGGCAACGGCAUUUGUAACUCCAGGGACGACGUUGGCAGGUAUGCACUGAGCACUUCCUUCAAAUUCGGUCUCAUGGUCGACCUAGGCUUCUUCAGAGACCUUCGCCUCUUCCAGGUUCCCAUUAUCGAUGUGUCGAUGCGAUACAGAACGUUCACGACGGGAGCUUCUUCCCGUCCCCAGACCCUGCUUCUGCGACAGCGCUCGGAAUGCCAUACCAUGAAAUGGACGACGACCAAGCCUUUGGAUAGGAGGAAAAAUGCGUUCGUCCCUGCAUUGUCAGUGACAGCGAACAGAGAUGACAGCUCUUGUGAUGGUAACCAGCCUUCCAUGGACGAAAACAGAGCCUGGGACUAUCGCUCCGACUCCAACGUCAACUCGCCGAUGUAUUUAAAUAACGACGCGGCCAAGGCUAUCCAAGACUCUAAGGAAUCGGUUUCGUGCGGCAAGAACCGCAAGAAGGGCGAAAUAUGCUGCGGCUGCGCCAACAUGAAUCUCGACUAUGGCUACAGCGACAUUCCCAGGUGCGAGAGCUGCCACCUUAAAGUUGACACCAAGGGCCCUUGGCCCUGA